CCCCUGGCAGUGACUACAGACUCAGGAGUUUUUAUUGUGAAGUCCACAAGGUUCCCCUCGUCUUUCUUCACUUUAGUUUAAUCCUUACUGGGAAUAAAGCAACCUGAUCUAAAGGUCCUGACAGCCGCAGCAGAUUCGCUUCGCCCUUCAGCCACCAUGAAAAUAGCAUCUUUUAACAUCCAGAAGUUUGGAAUAAGCAAAGUGUCAGACCCAGAUGUCCUCAGUAUCCUGGUUAAGGUCGUGUCUAGAUAUGACAUCACUGUGAUCCUGGAGGUGGUGGACAUCAGUGGAGAGUCUGUAAAAACCUUCCUAGAUGCACUCAACAAAGCCAACCGUAAACAUCACUACACCCUGAAGAUCAGCAGUCGUCUGGGUCGAACGCGCUACAAGGAGCAGUUCAUGUUCCUGUACAGGGAUGACUUGGUUGACCUGGUAGGCUCCUAUCAGUUUGAUGACCAGGUGACUGAGGGAGGAGAUGUUUUUGCUAGAGAUCCCUACAUCCUGCGAUUCAGAUGCCUCAAUACAGUACUGAAGGACCUGGUGAUGAUCCCAGUUCACACCAAACCAGAUGACUCGGAAAAGGAGCUGGAUGAGCUCUACGAUGUCUUCCAGCACAUCAAGAAGAAGUGGAGGACUGAUAACGUGAUGAUCCUGGGUGACUUCAAUGCAGAUGGCUUGUACGUCUCCAAGAAGGAGAUGAAGGGCAUCCGUAUCCGCAGUGACACAAACUUCCACUGGUUGAUUGGAGAUGAUGUUGACACCACUGCAAGCACCCGAAACAACCACACAUACGACAGGAUAGUGGUUUACGGAGAUGACAUGCUCCAGGCCGUCGUUCCAAACUCAGCCAAACCUUUCAACUUCCAGAAGGCAUACGGACUCAGUGAGGAGCAGGCUCUGAAAGUGAGCGACCAUUAUCCUGUGGAGGUCCAGCUGAAGAUGACAAAUAACACACAUGAGGAGGAUGGUCAGACCGAGCAGUCACUUCAGUCGUUACUGUCGCGGCUCGUGGUUGUGGAUGAGGAUCUGAUGGAGCUGAAGAGAGGAAACCUGAUGCUGGAGAGGGAGAAGCUCAACCUGGAGAUCCAGAUCCUUCGGAUGAAAGUGGCCAGCAUGAACAGCAGCAGAAAUGAAGUUUAAACUCAGGAAGCCUGAUCCGUCCAAAACUCCCAAUAGAACAUUAAAAUCCUACCUUAACCCAUUACACACAGAACCUCUCUGAGUGGUCAACUUGACUGUCAGACCAGACACUAGCUAUUCACCUGACACUGCGAUUGUUCUGGGUUCACACCACUGAUAUCUCAGGCUUCAUCCUGGAUUGCUGCUCCCUCGCCAAUAUGAACUGACAGAGAUGAACUCUUUUCAUGUUAGUGUUUUGACUUUUGACUGAAUCAUAGUAUCAAGUUGUCUGUCUUUCUGAAAUAAAUUAUAACUGGAUCAUGCAUCGCACAA